AAGACAUCUGUCUAACAAUCGCAAACUAAGAAAAAACGUCUAUAAACUUUCAGAAAAGAUGACUAUCGAGUCUACCGACCUGACGUCGCUAUCGCUUCUUCGCAAGGGCAAGGUCAGAGACAUCUACGAAGUGAAUAAGUCCACGCUCCUCCUAGUCGCCACCGACCGCAUCUCCGCCUUCGACUUCCUCCUCAACAAUGCAGUCCCGGACAAAGGCAAGAUCCUCACCUUACUAACCCACCACUGGAUCUCCAACGUCCUACCAACAUACUUCCCCAAGCUCAAGCACCACAUCAUCAGCCUCGGACUCCCCGCCGAGUCCAGUCUCCGCGCAAACGAGAAAAAGGGCCUUAUCGGCCGCGCGAUGGUGGUUAGGAAAUGCACCAUGCUCCCGUUCGAGUGUAUCGUCCGCGGCUAUAUCACUGGUAGCGCCUGGGCCGAGUACAAGAAAAGCGGGACCGUUCAUGGAAUGCCGCAGCCUGCAGGGCUACGACAUGGCCAGCAGUUUCCUGGUGGACCUAUCUAUACGCCUGCCAUCAAGGUCCCGUAUGGGGGGAGGGAUGAGAACAUCCAUCCGGCCAGGGCGAGGGAAAUGGUUGGAGACCGGUUAGCGGAGCAGAUGGAGAAGCUCGCUUUGGGGUUGUAUCAAGCGGCGUAUGACUGGGCUCUGGAGCGAGGGAUUAUCAUUGCCGAUACGAAGUUUGAGUUUGGGCAUGAUGAGGACAGCGAUGAGAUCAUACUGGCUGACGAGAUCCUAACACCGGAUUGCUCGCGUUUCUGGUCAGCAAGUGACUACGUCGUUGGUCAAGCCCCGAAGAGUUUCGACAAGCGGUUUUUGUGCGAUUGGUUGACGGAGAACGGGCUCAGCGCAAAGGUCGGGAUAGAGGUGCCGGACGAAGUGAUUGCCCGGACAGAAAGCAACUACCAUGAGAUAUUCCAGAGACUAACCGGCCAGACGUUGGAGACUGCCUUGGCUGCUCUGUAGCAAUCUGACAUCUCAUGCACUAUAUAGUAUCAGUUGUGUAUCUUGUGAACAAGUCUACAAUAUUAAUAUGAAAGGAGUGCAUGAUUUCGCGUUAAA